AUGAUUGGUGUAGGAUCCGCGGUUUCUCAUGGAGUGGGUGCUGUAAAUUCAUCUGGCGAGGAACUUCUUAGUUUUCUGGCUUUGCAUCAAGGGUGGCUGUGUAACACCUGGUUUUGUAAAAAGUCAAGUCUCCUAGGAACAUGGCAACACCCAAGAUCAAAGAGAGUCCAUUGUAAUGACUAUAUUGUGAUACCCCAGUGGAAGAGACGGCGCUGCAUCGACACCCAGGUUAUCCGCUCUGCCGAAUGCGGCAGUGAUCACACUCUCGUUGCCAUGCGUUUCUGUCUGGGCCCAGUCAGAUGGUUUAAGCCAACCAGCGCCCGACGCCCGAGAUUUGAUGUUUCACGACUAUUGGCACCAGCACCAUCUAGCACAGAGGACCAAACGCGGCGUAACAUCGACGACUAUCAGGACGCGAUUAACUCCGGACUAGACAGGACGGCAGAGACGGACCCUGUUGUUGAACCGACCGGGCAAUGCCGGGCACUGCGCAGCGCUAUGACGGAUGCUGCUGAAGGAGUGUUGGGACAGAGCAGGCAACAUCAACCGGAUUGGUUUGUUGAGAAUCAACCGGUAAUCGAGCCUAUGCUUGCCAAGCGUAAUAGCUGUUACUCGGAGUGGAUAGCGAACGGCCGCCGUGAAGAGGAUCACCUGCUAUAUAAGCAGGCCCAGACACGGGCUAGAGCGGCUGUGCGACGAGCGAAGAACGAUUGGUUUGCAGAUCAGGCAGAGAACAUAGAAGCAGGGCGCUUUAAUUCAGCCCGAGUCUGGAAAGGCAUCAAAAUUCUGCAGAACGCUCAGAGUGGGCUUGUCCCGAGUCCUGUCGUUGCUGUUCGGGAUGAAAAUGGAAAUCUGUGCACAUCACCUGAGGAGCAGGGGCAGAGGUUCAGACGGCACUUCACUGGUGUUUUAAAUGUUCAGAGCGUGGUGGACAUGGACAUCGUCAGCAUGGUCGAACAGCAACCGGUAUGGGAUUGGAUUGCUGCAGUCCCAACAUCGGAAGAGCUUCAGAGAGCUGUGAACCGGAUGCCGAGCGGUAGGGCUGCUGGGAGUUUAGGUAUCCUGCCCGAGAUGGUUAAAGCUGGUGGACCUCGGUGUAUGUCCGCUAUUCUGGAUGUGGUGAAAUGUGCCUGGGAUGCCCAAGAGAUCCCCCAGGAUUGGGUCGACUGUAAUCUCGUGCCGAUCCCCAAGAAAGGGAACCUCGCCGUUUGUGACAAUUGGCGGGGCAUCUCAUUACUUGAGGUUGUGGGCAAGGCAGUGGCAAGGCAGUGGCAAGGCAGUGGCAAGGCAGUGGCAAGACAGUGGCAAGGCAGUGGCAAGGCAGUGGCAAGGCAGUGGCAAGACAGUGGCAAGGCAGUGGCAAGGCAGUGGCAAGGCAGUGGCAAGGCAGUGGCAAGGCAGUGGCAAGGCAGUGGCAAGGCAGUGGCAAGGCAGUGGCAAGGCAGUGGCAAAGCAGUGGCAAAGCAGUGA